AUUUCUCCAGAAUUUGUUUUUGAAUUACGUAAUAUGCCUAUGUUAGAUAAAUUCCCUAUGCUCAAAAAUUUAGUACUACUGAACUAGUAUAAGCCAAGUCUCUCCUAAAUUCGAUCAUUCAAAAGGGCAAAAAAGGAAAGAGAAGAUAAAAAGAGCGCGAAAACCCUAGCAUUACCGUCGCUAGCUCCGGCUAUGUCAAUUCCACCGGAAUCAGAAUAUCAGAGCAGUACUCAUCACCCUCCUGCUCCUUCCGACGAGCUGUUUGAUAUAACAACCACAGUUGAUCCCAGUUAUAUAAUAUCUUUGAUCCGGAAACUCCUACCAGAAAAUGUGAAGCAUGGAGACCAGAGCUGUUGUAUUGAUAAGUCUGAAAAUAUGAAGAAUGUUGAAACAUUUGUUGAACAAUCAGUAGAUGACAAGUUGUAUAGUCAAAAUGAGCGUGAGGGUGUAGCAGCGGGAGAAGAUGCUUGGGAAGAGUUUGGCUGCAUUUUAUGGGAUCUAGCGGCUAGUAAAACUCACGCUGAAUUCAUGGUUGAAAACUUUGCUCUUGAAGUGCUUUUGGCGACUCUGAUGGUCUCAAAAUCUUCACGGAUUACUGAAAUUAGCCUUGGUAUUAUUGGGAACCUAGCUUGCCAUGAUGUUCCGCGAAAAAAGAUCACUUCUACGAAUGGUCUGAUUGGAGCAGUGUUGCAACAAUUGUUUCUAGAUGACACACCAUGUCUUUGUGAAGCAUGCCGGCUGUUAACUUUAUUUCUUCCAAGCGACGAAAGUGUUUUUUUGGCGGAAGCUCUGCAACCUGAACAAAUUUUAUCUCGUAUUUUAUGGAUUGUAGAGAACACUUUGAACGUCCAGCUUCUUGAGAAGAGCAUUAAUCUUCUCUUAGCAAUAGCAGAAAGUAAGCAGGAUGUUGUUGCAAUAUUGCUACCACCACUGUUUAAGUUAGGCCUCCUAAGAAUUCUGGUUGAUCUCCUAUCUGUCGAGAUAAGCAAGUUAAUGGAAGAAAGAUCACCUGAAAGGUGUUCUAUUCUAGAUUUGAUUCUUCAGACUAUUGAAGCACUUUCUGUCAUUGAUGAUUAUUCACAAGAAAUCUGCUCAAACAAGGAACUCUUCCAGUUACUUGUUCAGUUGAUCAAGCAUCCGGAUAAAGCUGAGUUUGCCCACUCUUGCGUUACUGCUUCAGUUUUGACAGCAAAUAUUCUGACUGAUGCAACUUAUCUGGCUUUGGAGAUAUCACAAGACAGGCUUUUCUUACAGGGUUUAGUUGAUGUGUUUCCUUUUGCUUCUGAUGAUAUCGAAGCACGAAGUGCAAUUUGGAGCAUUCUUGCAAGGUUACUGGCUCGAAUUCUGAAAACUGAUAUGAGUCCUUCAGAUCUGCACCAGCAUGUCUCAGUUCUUACAAGCAAGUCAGAGGUGGUUGAAGAUGAACUUCUUAACUACAAUGUUGAUGAUUCCAGCGAAGACCAUAGAGGUUCCACCAAAUUAAUAUCAAGAACAUUUGCUCUAAACCGAAUUGUUGAAAUUUUAAGUCAAUGGAGAACCCUUGAUGACCACUUGAAGGAAACUCUUUCUAUGGAGGGAUGCUAUGUCAGUGAAAGAGAUGUCGAUAAAAUGUUGCACUACUGUUGCAAAUAUGCCAAGUCUACUGCAGGAACUCAUGGAUGAUCCAAUUAUUGACAAACGAUGAAGUAAGAUAGUGCUCAUCUAUCUUUUAUCUGGCAAUCUUGAUUCUCGGGGUAAUACAGCGAAGCAGGAAUCACCUCACUUCAAGAUAUCUCUCUGGAAGGAUUUGCGGAGAAUGUGUGGUUGCCUGAUGUUGUAAAAGUGUCACAAUAUACAAGUGUUGGCUUGUUUAGUAUCCUUGAAAAGCUCUUCUUUUUGGAUGAGACUUUGUCCCAGCUUAGUGUUUAGCUAUCCUGCCCUCUAGCUACUUGGGAGUUGUCCCUGAUAAAUACAGGUAGCUUAGGUAGCUCGAGAAAGUGUUCAUUACAACAGUCCCAUUUGGAGAUUAUCGCCAUUCCACCCACCAAUCCUUGUAGAAUUGUUCCAGAGCAUUGUGCAGUUUGCCUAAUUCGCUUUAGUUGAUUAUUCUAUUUGGUGGAAAGAAAAAACAAAGAGUUUGGCAGUCCAAUGUUUUUCUGUAGUAUGUACAUGAUCUUACACUUGUUUGUUUAUACCUCAAGACAAAAUUCUGGACUUGUUAGUGGUCUAUGGAAAGAGCCAACUUUGUUCUG